AUGGCGAUCGCCGCAGGCAGUCUGAACACCCAGUGCUGGUUCAUCGAAUUUGUGUGCCCGCCCGAUGUGGGCAGCACCGCGCAGUGCGGCAAAAAGCCGACUUCCUGCACCGCCUGGUCGGUGCCGCCGGAGGCCGUGUUGCCGUUGGUGUACUGGAUUCUCUUCAACAGCAUGGCGGCCUACUUCUUGAUAACAUGGGCGAAUCGGUACGCUCGUGCCGGCUUCGUUCUCGCCUACACCGCGCUGCAGCCCUUUACAAGUACAGUCCUCACCGCUGCCUUGGUGGUCUCGGGACGCUUCCCGUCCCUAAGCCUUCCGGGCUGGAAUGCCCUGGGCGGCUUGGGCGUCGUGGCUGGUAUGCUGUGCAUCCUUUGGGACGGCAAGAGGCAACACGAGCACGACACUGCGGGGCAUGAGCGCGAGGUUCCACUCAAUCAGGCGCGUCAGGUCCUGCCAGAUGUCUGUGAGCCGAGACUGUGGAUGGCUUCGGUUGUUGCGGUCUACGGGCCACGAACCUUCAACCCAGUGCUGAAUCUGGCGGUGCUACAACACCCAGAGCAUGGACAGCCUCUGACUGAUGCACAAGAUCGGCGGAUGUCGGCUGCACGUGGCGAGAAUGAUGCAGGUCGAGAUGGGGAGCUUCUCUUAGAGGACAGGGACCUGCUUGCGCCGAAGGCGAAGGAGGCGGAAGCCGAGCCGGCUGAGGAGUGGUGCUCCUCCAGGUCGCCCAGCGCUGGCACCGACAAGGAUGCAAAGGGCCAUAUUUGUUGGACGCCGCUCCACUUCGCCGCACGCGAACGGCACGCCGACUGCGUAGAGCUGCUGCUGAAGACGGGUGCCGGCUUUGAGCAGCAGCUCCACGCAGUCGGCAUGGCCUCGUUCUGCGGCGCAGUGGAGCGUCGUCCCGCCGUCUUUGUCCUGCGAAUCCUUCGCCACCCACAGGUGACCGGAUCCACGCUGUAG